ACGAAAUUAAUAUUCAUGAGGUAAGCCCAAAGUCGGUUGGUGAGCAGGUGAACGCUGGAUCCUUGCCACAAAGCAACAAAAAUGCCUUGACGAGGCAUCAAACAAGGGAGAAAGCAUCAGUUUGUACUGGCAGAAAAGCCAGGAGACAAAACACGGUCCGGUGUUCAUUGGAAAUGGAAGGAAAUCAACUUCUUCAUCGAAACGCGUCUGUUUCAAAGUAACCGACUCACCUGAAACUACCGAGACCACAGAAAUAUCAAGCACUCCAGCUAAAAGAUGGCUGAUGACCGUGUAGCCAUCUUAACCGAUGACGAAGAGGACCUAAAGAGGAGACACCUCGAGCGCUUCGACCGUCUGUCGCUUGAGAUUCAAUCAAACCAACCUUCGCAGUCAUCCGUGGACAGUGUACCUAACGAUUUGGCACCGGCUCCAACGCCUCAGCGUGACAUGAGCUGCUGCGAACGUUUGCUCCUACGGGUCAACCCCUACCUUCUUGUGUCAAAAGUGUUUUAUUUGUUCUUCUAUGCUGCAUAUGGUUCCCUCCAUCCCCUUCUUGCGUUGUACUACAAGCAGCUGGGGAUGAAUGCCACCCAAAGUGGUCUCCUAGUGGGAAUCCGUUAUUUCAUUGAGUUCUGUAGCGCCCCUUUUUGGGGCAUUGUCGCAGAUCGUUUCAGGAAAGGUAAAGCAGUCCUAUUGUUCUCAAUGUUAUGCUGGCUCCUUUUCAAUUCUGGGAUUGGAUUUGUGCAACCAGCAGAUAUGACAUGUAACGAAGACAGCCCCCCGACGACCACAGCCAUGAUACCGACUGUCCAUGUUACCACAUCCAACGAGACCUUCUACCUCAACUCCAGUUCCAUCUUAACAAACCAGAUGAGACGCCGCAGAGAUCUGAUUGGACACUACCCUCGGCGAAUCAUACUAUCCUCCAUUUGGUCUUCAGGCUAUAGCUCUGAACACCGAUUCAAACGGGAUUCAAACUUGAGUUUCACCGUGGCACCUGAUGAGUUAGCUAACACAACGCAAUCUGAGCAAAACACCACCGGGCACGAGCUAAGCACAUCCACGCCUAAUGCCACAUCGGGCACCACUACUCAAAGUAUUACAACCAAACCAAACCAGACACCUGAAUAUAACAUGGACCAGGUUCACGCCAUUUUCCUGCUGAUUUUGCUCGUCAUUAUCAUUGGCGAGUUUUUCAGUGCUCCAGCUAUUACUAUCGUGGAUACAGUGACACUGCAGUACCUGGGUGCACAUCGUGACCGCUACGGUCUCCAGCGAAUGUGGGGAUCUCUAGGAUGGGGUAUCGCCAUGCUCUGCGUCGGCAUCUGGAUCGAUCACACUAACACUGAUCUUGUCAUUGGCAACACGGAAUGCUCCAUGGAAAAUUACAAGAACUACCAUAUUGCCUUCAUUGUGUUCGGCGUAUUAAUGGGAAUCGCUUUGAUUGUUGCUACUCAGUUUAAGUUUGAUGUUCAGCACCAAAACAGGAGCGAAGGAACUGAGUUUGGCAACCAGCAGCAAAACACCCCUCCUGGAAGUUCCCCUGGAACAGAGAGCGCAGAGGCUCCAACAAUUGUCCAAGUCGAGGAGUUCCACUUCUGGGAUUUGAUGCGACUGCUGUGCGGUGUACAGUACAGCACCGUGUUGUUCGUGGCAUGGUUCAUGGGCUUCGGCUAUGGGUUUGUUUUCACUUUCCUUUACUGGCAUUUACAGGACCUGACAGGAACCACAACGCUGUUUGGUGUUUGUUCUGUUCUGAGUCACGUGUCGGAGCUUGCUGCCUAUUUCACCAGCCAUAAGUUCAUUGAACUGGUAGGACACAUCAGAGUUUUGUACAUCGGUCUGGCCUGCAACACCGCACGCUACCUCUAUAUCUCGUAUCUCAAGAACGCCUGGACCGUGCUGCCAAUGGAAGUGCUGCAAGGCAUAACGCAUGCGUCUGUAUGGGCGGCGUGUAUCUCAUAUUUGAGCGCUGCCGUACCUCCACCUCUUCGGACGUCCGCUCAAGGCAUCCUGCAGGGUCUCCACCUCGGGCUGGGCAGGGGCUGUGGGCGAUGGUCGGCGGGGUUUGUCAACUACUUUGGCGUUGCCGAAACAUUCAGGGGAAUAGGAAUGACGUCGCUUGUUAUUUUGCUGAUCUUUUCAUUAAUAAUGUGCAUCACUGGCCAGAAUGAGAAAAAAGAGGACAAGAUGCUAGCAGAGAACAUUCCUAUCCCAUCCAGUCCUGUUCCCAUAGCGACUAUUGACCUGGUUCAGAGCACAACGGACGCAACUGCACCUGCUCGACCCGAACCCAAACUUCCUGCUCGGAAAACACGGCACCAGGAGGAGCAGGAGGAUCUGAACAAGCCCGCCUGGGUUCCCUCUGGGUCGCCGCUGGUUACAGUCGUUCUGCUGUUCUACCAAAUCAAAGACAUGGUCAUCAUUGCAAAGACCCCUGUGGAGGUCCAACCCCUUCAGGACACAGAUGAGAUUCCCCCAGAAUCUCGAGAAGGAGACCAAUCACCUCCCAUCGUUGGCAAUGGCGUGCGACAGGACGGCAGUCUCGGUGGGCUCCGGUCCCAGGAGGACCCCGGGCCCCCAGGGGCUGCCUCACAACUGGAAUUCCCGACACGGGACACACGGCCUGUAUUACAAGCAAACGGCUGAUUCGGCAACCCAUGGGUAUUUUUCUCUCCACAUGGUGACUUUGUUUUUCGUUGUGAAGCGUUUUUAUGGGGAAAAUACAAGGAAGAAGGACGAGCUUCAUCGUAUAAGUGACCUUUAACUUAUUUCCAGGUGUUUUGCACGUGCUAUAAAUAAAGCCUGGCCGGUUUUAAACUGUA